AUGCGAGGCGACCCCACGGACCCCGAGGUAAGGCCAAGGACACCACGAGACGAGCCUAAGGACGCCCCCAAGGACACUACCCCCCCCAAGGACAACCCCCUUUUUCCCCAAGACACCUCCAAAGGAUACCCCAGGACACCGCCUCCCCAAGGACAUCCCCACAAGGACCCCCAAGGACACACCCCUCCAAAGGACAACCCAAGGGACACCACUCCAAGACAACCCCCUCCCAAGGACCGCCCCCUAAAGGACCAAUCCUCCCCAGGACACCCCUGCCCCCCAAGGACACCCAAGGGAACAACCCUCCCCAAGGACCCCCACCACGCCCAGGGGACAAACUCGGCCAAAGGAAAACCCUUCCCAAGGACUACCGUCCCUCUCUAA